AUGAACGGGAAGCUGUCCAACGGCCGCCCGACCCGGCCAGCGAGCAUCGACAAGCGCCUGUCGCAGGAAGAAGGCCGCCAUGGCAGGGGUAGAGGAGACUACAUGGACGCUGACAGCUUCAACACCAACCGCUCGCCCGACACGCAGCGACAGUCGAGCGAGCGGCCGAGCCGAGACGACGGCUACUUUGCCUCGAUCCACAGCAGCAAGACGAAGGACCGCCUUUGUGGCAGCACCACCCAUGUCGAACUCGGCCAGGUAGAUGCCCUCGAUGGCACCAAAGAAGCAAGCAAGGACUUUUACGUUCCGCACGUCGGCUCCAUGGCCAACACUACCACGUCACCGUCGCCGCAGCAGCAGCAGCCCGAUGAGGGCACGUCCAGCCUGCAGAUACCGACCCAACCGCAUCGCGUCUCCUCCCCACCUGCCUUCAACCACAACAACGCCAACGCCAACCCCUCGCAGCAACGCCAGGGCCUGCAGCAACGCCACACCCUCGAGGUCCCCAAGUUGCAGACAUCGCGCGCCCGCGAAUCCCAGAAUAACACCGACGACGUCAUCAGCGCAAGUGGGAGGUUCUCGCCCUCCACGCCGCACCGACGGAGAGGCUCCAUGUCGCUUGUGCGUAGGACCACACGCUCCGUCAACUCCGAUGUGCAUCUCGACGAGGUGCCCCAGGACGAUGAUGCCGCGCGCUGGGCUGAACACAUCCGACAGAAGCGAGCAAGCAAGAGGAAGCGCAAAGAGGACGAGGACGAGGACCGCGUCGUAGUGGGCACCAAAGUGGACCAGAACCACGUCAACUGGGUCACUGCCUACAACAUGCUGACGGGUAUCCGCUUCACCGUCUCGCGAACCAACGCCAAGAUGGACCGAGAUCUUACCGAUGCCGACUUUGACGCGAAGCACAAGUUCUCGUUUGACAUGUACGUGCCGGCUGGUUUUCCUUACAACAUCACGCACCUGUUCGAGUUCAGCUUCACUUCAACCGGUAACGAGCUUACUCCUUCCGCCAAAUACGACUUCAAGUUCAAGGACUAUGCCCCAUGGGUCUUCCGCCAUCUCCGCACUACCUUCAAGCUCGACCCUGCCGAUUACCUUGUGUCGCUAACAAGUAAAUACAUCCUUUCCGAGCUCGGCUCCCCGGGCAAGAGCGGCAGCUUUUUCUAUUUCUCUCGCGACUACAAGUACAUCAUCAAGACUAUCCACCACGCCGAACACAAGUUCCUUCGCAAGAUCCUCAAGGACUACUACAAUCAUGUACAGGAGAACCCCAAUACCCUACUUUCUCAAUUCUAUGGCCUGCAUCGCGUAAAGAUACCCUAUGGACGCAAGAUCCAUUUUGUCGUCAUGAACAAUCUGUUUCCUCCGCAUCGAGAUAUCCACCGCACUUUUGAUUUGAAGGGCUCGACGAUUGGGCGGGACUUCAAGGAAGACAACUUGGCGACGAACCCUCGCGCAACACUCAAGGACCUCAAUUGGUUACGCAGAAACCAGCAUCUCGAGCUGGGGCCGUCGAAGAAGAAGAUGUUCAUCGAGCAGAUGCAGAAGGACGUGAAGUUGCUGCAGCGCCUACACAUAAUGGACUACUCACUUCUCAUCGGUAUCCACGACCUAGAGAAGGGCAACGAGGAGAAUCUGCGUGACAAGACACUCAAGGUCUUCUCCCCAGGUGGAGAGGAGGCACCAGAGCCACAACCGAACCAGCUCAUGCGUACACCCUCCAAACUGGAGAGCGCUCGGAAAGCAAGGGAACUGAGGCAGAUGGUCAAGACACAGAAACCAGUACCAAUGGGUCAGACCUCGAGCAAGAUGCCGGAUGAGCUAGAAGAUCCUAACCGGAACUUUUACUUCUAUUCCGACGACGGUGGCUUCCGAGCUACUCACGAAAACAACGCCCCUGGAGAGGAGAUCUACUACCUUGGCAUCAUCGACUGUCUGACACACUACUCGCUCAUCAAACGCAUGGAGCACUUCAUCAAAGGCAUUGCUAACACGGAAUCUCAAAUAUCUGCUAUACCCCCUGAACGCUAUGGCGAUCGAUUCAUCAAGUUCAUCAGUGGUGUUACCAAAACCAAAGAAGCGGCCGACCGCGAGAAGAUGGAAGAGGCCACGAACGAUCUCAACGAGCUGUCACUUGACGGUAUCAACCGAUCUUCGACCGACCGUGUUAUCGAGAAGGCGGAGCACCAAGCUGAUCGCUCGCGGCGACAAGGUCAUGGGGAGGAGAAUGUACCGAAUCUGCAUAUGAGGGCGGUACGUAGUCCGUCUGCGGAAAGAGGAGAGAUUGGAACCACUCUUCCUGUGGUCGAAGAGGCUGGUGAAUCUUCAAGUGUUGGCGGGCACAGCAACCGGAGCGCUUCAGAUGCCGCUCAUGCUAUAACUACAAGCAACAAUGAGGCUUCACCCCCACCGCCACUCACAGGAGCACCCUACCUCGGCCCUCCGCGGCUUGAGUCCAGAGCCAGGUCAACAUCAAGAGAAAGGGAUCAUUCACAAGGCAGGCCGCCGCCAACACCGCCAAAGGACUCUGGCACAGCAAGUAGCGAUGGUCGCCCACCUACACCAGCAAAGGAUGCCGAAUACAUGCCUAACAGGCACUCUGGGCCCCCCACACCACCGAAAGAGGACAAGAGAGGGACAAUACCUAGAUCCUCUCUGGACAAGGAUCUACCGCGAACACCCUUGGAAACCACCAUCACAGUCAACUAA